AAGAUCCGCCCUCUUUAGGAUUCAGGUUCGGCCUUUUUCAGGUCCUUUAAACACACUUCAAACUACCAUCCGAAUGGUGCGCUACUGAAAAACGAAAAAAUCCAUAAAACACAUGAAAGUGCUUGGAAAAAGGGACAUCUCUUACCGCCGGCGUGCUCCUCUCAUCCCCUCAUAUGAGUUGUCUUGAAAGAGGGCAGAGUAGCACGGGCAGCAUCUCCUCUUCCUAUCCGCCGUAGCUUCUGGGAGCGCACAGCACAGUGCAGCGCUUUGCAUAACCAGCCGUGAGCCAUGACUCUGAGCUCCGAGAUGUCGGAUGCCUCCAUCCUUUCGGAAGAGACCGACAUCGACGUGGUCGGCGAGGGGGAGGAUGGGGACAGCCAGACGCGCUCCUACGUAGACGAGGUGGCGCAGAUGCACGAUGAUCUCCUGGCUGGCUCCCCGCCAUGCCUAGACAUCUCCUCGUCCCGGGAUCCGUACAAACCAGCCAGUAAGAACAUCCUGGUGAAGCCCCCAUACUCAUACAUCGCCUUAAUCACCAUGUCCAUUCUCCAGAGCCCCAAGAAGCGGCUCACCCUCAGCGAGAUCUGUGAUUUCAUCAGCAACCGUUUCCCGUACUACCGGGAAAAAUUCCCCGCGUGGCAGAACUCAAUCCGACACAAUUUGUCACUAAACGACUGUUUCGUCAAGAUACCGAGGGAACCCGGAAACCCCGGGAAGGGGAACUACUGGACCCUAGAUCCAGAGUCCGCCGAUAUGUUCGACAACGGUAGCUUUCUGAGACGACGGAAACGCUUCAAACGACAGCAGCAGCAGGACUUGCUGCGGGAGCAUAACAGUUUUAUCCCCGCUGCUGCGUACGGCUAUGGACCUUACGGCUGCGGCUACGGUAUCCAGCUGCAGUCCUACCACACACACUCUGCGCUUUUCGCGUUUCAGCAGCAGCAACAGUCCAGGCAUUCACACACUGGGACCAUUAUCUCGGCACCGUCCUUGCCCACCUCCAGUGACUUAGCGAGGAGCAGGUUCUUACCCCAGCUCAGUCCCAGCCUGGUUUCACCCAUACACACUGCAGCCAAGUCCAGCUCGCCUGUCCAGCGCUCUACCUUCUCCAUUGAGAGUAUCAUUGGGAGUUCGCUGAGCCCUGCGCACACUCACUGUGCUUCGCGGACUUCUACUGUUGUUCCAAUGUUAUCGUCUUCCCUCGCGCCACAGUCGCCCAACCAGCCGCUGAGUAUGCACCCAGGAACUGUUUUACACAUGGUCGAGAACUUUCCCAACAUAAUUCUGAACGGUACUAGUGGCUGUUAAUUUCUAUAAACUAACUUCCACGUUUUCAAGAAACACAAACAAAAACGCCCCCUCUUUGAAGGUAGGAUUAUUUUUGUAUGUUUUUUGGUAACACGCAGCUGAAUGAUGGACAUUAACACUAUUCGUGCCAAUUCAUUCUGUAAAAAAAUAUUAGGCUAUAUUUAUGUUAAUACAAUUUUAGUGUCAAUCUAAUUUUCUCUCCACGAACUUUGUUCAUUGUUUAUGAAGUGAUUCAUUUAAGUCUAGGGCGUCUCAGGAUAUCGACUAAAUGAAAGGUUAUACACGAUCACGUCUCAAACAAUGUAUAUUGUGUCAAACACACACAUGUUUUUUAGUUUGGCAUUCGUUUUUUUUACUGUUUUGAUUUGUGCUCUGUAUUUAAAAGACACAAAGAUGAAGGUCAUUCAUUUAUAUGCAGUGUGUGCUUAUUUCAGUAAUAAAACAUUGUACAUUCUUUGGCAAGUAUUGUAUAAUCGGAGUGUGAUAUUUUUUACACGGUUUGUUUUUCAAUGAGAAUAAAUAUUGUUUUACAAAAAAAGA